AUGGCGCCCGAGGACACUGAAGAGCUUGUCGACUACGACGAGGCCGAGGACACCUAUGUCGCCCCGGCUACCGGUACCGCUGCUGAUGGUGCCGAGUUGGCCGAUGGCGAGAAGAAGGGCAGCUAUGUCGGCAUUCACUCGACGGGCUUCCGUGACUUCCUUCUCAAGCCUGAGAUCCUCCGCGCCAUCUCGGACCUUGGUUUCGAGCACCCCUCGGAGGUCCAGCAGGAGUGCAUUCCCCAGGCCAUCCUGGGUACCGACGUCCUUUGCCAGGCCAAGUCGGGUAUGGGCAAGACCGCCGUCUUCGUUCUUGCGUCUCUCCAGCAGAUUGAGCCCGUCGACGGCGAGGUCUCGAUUAUUGUCAUGUGCCACACUCGUGAACUGGCAUACCAGAUCCGCAACGAGUUCACGCGCUUCUCCAAGUACAUGACCAACGUGCGCACUGGCGUCGUCUACGGCGGCACUCCCAUCUCGGCCGACAUUGAACUUCUCUCCAACAAGGAGAAGUGCCCUCACAUCAUUGUCGGCACCCCUGGCCGCAUGAUGGCCCUCGUUCGCGACAAGAAGCUCAACGCGUCCAAGGUGAAGCACUUUGUUCUCGACGAGUGCGACAAGAUGCUUGAUCAACUCGACAUGCGCCGCGACGUCCAGGAGGUCUUCAAAGCUACGCCCCACCACAAGCAGGUUAUGAUGUUCUCGGCCACCCUCUCGAAGGAGAUCCGCGCGACCUGCAAGAAGUUCAUGCAGAGCCCUCUGGAGAUCUACGUCGACGAUGAGACCAAAUUGACGCUGCACGGUCUUCAGCAGUACUUCCUCAAGCUCGAGGAGCGCGAGAAGAACCGCAAGCUCAACGACCUUCUCGACUCGCUCGAGUUCAACCAGGUGUGCAUCUUCGUCAAGUCGGUUGCGCGUGCGACCCAGCUCGACGCUCUUCUGCAGCAGUGCAACUUCCCAUCCAUCUGCAUCCACUCGGCCCUCAAGCAGGAGGACCGUAUCUCGCGCUUCCAGCAGUUCAAGGCGUUUGAGAAGCGUAUCCUCGUCGCGACCGACAUUUUCGGCCGUGGUAUCGACGUCGAGCGUGUCAAUGUUGUCAUCAACUAUGACGCGCCGGCCGAUGCCGACUCGUACCUCCACCGUGUCGGUCGUGCGGGUCGUUUCGGCACCAAGGGUCUCGCCAUCUCGUUUGUCUCGUCUGCGGAUGACGAGGAGGUGCUCAAGAAGAUCCAGGAGCGCUUCACGGUCGCUAUCCCGACCAUGCCCGACUCGAUCGACCCCGCCACCUACAUGACGUCGUAA